GGGAGAGAUGGACCUUUCAAGGAGAAAUUUUGUAAUGACAGAAGGUUUGCAAGGAUGGCAAGGGUGGAGGUGGAGGAGGAGACCCCCAGUUCUGACCCCUCAGGGUGAGGUACACAUCCCUAUGCCUUCUCAGGACUCAGGAGGUAUGCUGAGGGUGAUCUGGUCAAUGGAGUCUCCAAUAUGGGGGGGAUCAGCUGGUGUUUGAUGGUGAAGACAUCCCUGAUAAUGGGCCUGAUAAGGUAAAGCCUAUCAAGCCCCAAACUGUGGAUAAAACUGUCUUUGUGCCAUUUAACGCAGCAACUAAUGCUGACCGUUUGCCUAGUGACACCCAGCCCGGCUGUGACUGAUGGUGUUAGAAGUCAGCAAAAUGUGCAUUUGAAAAAAAAAAUA